AUGACUGGACCCGAACCCCUAAUCAAGAUCCAGGGCGAUUGCUCCACUAUCCACAACAAUACUUUCUACGUCUAUUCGCCGACUGGCUUUGCAAAAAUACCCCUCGAAAAGAAUAAGGGAUGGAAAAAGCUCCCGUCACCGGAGCAUAUGGUUACUGGCCCUGCCUGCGUCCAGGGUGGAAUUGACAACAUCGAAAAUGACGAAGACAAGAAAGCAUUUUACCUGGUCGGCGGGACCGGCUCCUCCGGCAGUAGCGGCCUCCAACGCUUCUUGUUCAGUACAGGAAAGUGGGAGACAUUACCAUCAACGGAGAUGAAAGAUCGGAUUGGACAUGGCGUUGGAUACAUAUCCUCGACCUCGCAAAUACUGGUUUACGCAGGAAACACAGACGGUAGCACCCAGGUUUCUCAGUCGACAUACCUCAUUUCAACAAACUCGUCUACCUUUGAGGUGAGUUCCACGGUCGACCAAGGCACGCCGGCAUUAUAUGAGCCCAUCAUUUUGCCUUGGAGUUCUUCAGAGGUAGCCUUGGUUGGAGGCUCUGCCACCAAUCCUAGUAUCUUCAUCUACGAGGCUGCAGAUAAGCAAGGCUGGGCCAUCUCCAAUACGACUCUCCCCAAUCCAAUCGCAUCCUCAUCGCUAUGCGCGCUCGCUUCCGACUCCGGGACCAAGGUCCUCGAGGAGUUCAAGAUGGUUGCUUCCCCAAAUAGUGCCACUAGCUACCUUCUCAGCUCGAAGGGAAAGGCGCAGAACCCGGUUACAGUCAUCGGAUCAUCGGAAAAGAGGGGUCUCACCGAUCCUUAUAACAGCACAUUCGCCCCGACAGUAUCCUGGUCUGAUUAUACGCUCGCCCAGGGUAGUAAUGGCCUUGUCGUUCUCGCCAGCGGCAAAAGUAAUGAAUCAUUGGCAAUCUUCAACCAGACUUCGAACGCAUGGGUCAACUCUACCGAGCUGUUUUAUGGAACAGGAGAUCAAGAUGUCCUCAAACCAUCCACCACGUCUACUUCGAUAUCAACUUCGUCAUCCACAGCAACCGCGACCUCAACUACGCCCGCCUCAUCAACAUCAGCUGCGGCUGUAAGUGGCACCCUGACUGAACAUGACAAGGUGAUUCUUGGCGCAACUCUUGGGAGUAUCCUAGGAUUUGGUUUGAUACUGCUUAUGAUUCUUUUCAUACUGCGACGCAAGAAAGACAAGCAGCUUGCCCAACCCGGUCGCGGCCGCGGUGGUGGUGGCGAUAAUAAAGAUCGCCUAAGCUUCCAGGAUCAAGGCAUAGAACCCCUGACCGAAGGCGCUUACCCCAUGGCAAGAUCUCCUGUCCCACUAGCCGCUGCUUCGGUCGACUCAUUGGCUAUCAUGUCCGGCAACUACGGAGAGAAAUCCCUCAAGCCACCGACGAAUACGGGCUAUGGAUUGUCUCCUCAGCCCAAGACCAGCAGUCCACUCUCUACAAUUCCCUCCAGCGGUGCUAUGGGCCCACCAACCAUAUACACCGACGACGGCAACGUCGGCGAUGACACCGGGCGUGGAAACCAAGCCGCUGACCGAUUGACUGAUGAAGGGUGGGGGAAGUAUUUCGAGGACGGCGGUGCCACCAACUACCAAUCCAACCGCUCGACUAUCAGCUCCGGAUACACCAAGUCCGAUUACCGCGGAAGCGCCUGGCCGAUGACCACGUUGACACCAUUGAAUUUUGGCUUCCUCGACGAGCCCAAGCCCCUCGGCCAGGUUUUCAGCGGCAGUCCGACCACGGAAAAUGGCCCAUCUGAGACGGGCAGUCGAAGCCUGGUGAUUCCCGAGAGCCAAUCGGCACGCAUCUCCAGCGCAGAUUCAAUCAGUGUCACCUCGGACGACGACCACGACGACCGCGAUGAUCCAAAGUGGCAAGGUGCGGGCCAGAACAGCUGGCUUGGACGUCCCACAAGCAGCAACUACACUACCAGCUUCUACCAAUCGAGCACGCAAGAUUUGCCCUGGGAAUCAUCGAAUGCCAGCGUCGCGGAAAAGGCAAGGCAGUCCAAUGCACGACGAUCCAGCGUCAUCAUACCACACGAUAUCGAUGAACUUCCGAUGGAAGGGCCGAAGAACAAUACCAAUUCAGAUAUGAGCUGGCUCAAUCUCAAGGCUGAUCGUUGA